CAAUGAAAAGGAAAGGAAAAGGAAAAGGAAAAGGAAAAGGAAAGGAAAGCAUUUUAUCAAUGCGCGUGAAGCGGGCCCGGCCAGUGACAUGCUGUGUGGACAUUCCAGUGGGGGACUGCUGCUCUGAAACUCAAGACUUUGGACAGUCUGAAAAAACGUCACAGCGGAACAGAGCGGAACGGUUCGUUUUUCUUUUCGGUUCGGUUGUGUUUGGAAAAUUGACGGUUGUUUACAUUCGGUUCCUGAAAAAAUUCGGUUCUUGACAGUCGCUGACUUUCGGUUCCGAAAGUUCGGUUCCGAAUCGAUUCGGGACCUUUCCUGAACACUUCAAGUGGACCAGGUUUGCCAACUACUUCCCGGAGGAUUUCCCAGAUUCCUUGGAGUUUUGGAAUCUUGCAGGCAUUUUGCUUCAAGAUCAUCACGGAGACCGCCUGAAUCCAAACAAGUGGUGUACUCAAAAGCAAAAUGACGACACGGACGGAGGCUACCACAAAUCAUGCAGGCACUCCACAAAAUGGCACGUUUGAGAGUUGCACAUGGUCAUGUACUCCGCCGCACCAAACAAGGGCAUGAUAGUUCAGCUGCCUGACGCAGUGUACACUGUGCACGCUCCCGAGGAAAUCCCAGCAGACAAGAAGUUCUUUUGGAAAAAUCGAGACAAUGACUAUGUGCAACUGACUCUUCCUUUGCCUCCAGGAUAUGUUCAUGGCCCACUUUGGUCUAUCAACGUCACUGAUGGUGAGCAAACUCGUGAUUGCAUGGGUGCCGUGCGCUACCCGUGGCAUGGCCUGGUAACUGGUCCGAUCAGUGCAAGUCCCGGAUCAUCCUCUCGUCAAGCACGACACACACUGUGGGUCGUGUUUGAGCACAUCCCUGAGGUCAUCACUGUGCCAACCCCAAUGCUGCAAUAUGUGACAAAUGCAUGCUUGCAGAAUGUGGUCGACUGGCCCACCAAGGCCUGCGCAGCCAAGGUCAAGGACUUUUUGGGGAAGGAUCAGAGAGAUUCAAGUCACUCAGUUGCCGCCACGUUUCAUGCCCUGGUGGCUUUGGUUGCUUUGGUGGCACUCAGGAAGUAACCAGCCACCCCACAGUUCACCCUUCAAGGAUGAAAUGGCAAUGAUUUGUAGAGUUCUCUUUUGGAGCCUACCUGUGGGUAGCCACUGUCAAGAGUGCAGGGGCUACCGAAAUUGAUGCAUGCUUUGGCUGAGCCACCUGAUCCUGGUUCAAGUUCACAGCUUCUUCAAUUCUUAGCUACGCUACAGUUUAAACAAAGCAAAGCCAAGCCUCCUGGCCCUUGUACGGAUCAUAUUCCUGCGUUUCAACAGACAUAGUUGAAACAUGUUGAAACGUUUUUGCGGGCCAGGGCAAGUUAAUUGAUUUGAGCUGAUUCUCGGCUACAAUCAUGAAAAUGAAACUGUUUGCUGCUCGAAGCGACUUGUAAGCUAUGGGUAGUAGGUUGUUCACUUAUUCUAUUUCCAGGGUUGUCCAGUACUCGUAUGUGCCAUGUUUGUUUCUUUCCAUUGUGUCAAGGAGUUGAUAGGAGUUGUAAGAGUCCAUCAUUUGCUCCUAGGUCCUAGAGGAUUGGUUCCCCCAUGCUUCUCUGAUCUUUUUGACGAGCAAAGUUGCAAAGGUCUUCCCAUUUCAGUGGUGACAUGGCAUUUUUGGGCGACGCCGGCCAGAGUGGGAGCGGUGCCAUCGCUGCUGGACAGUAUUUCGCAUCAGUCGGGCCGCGACAACGUCGGUGUUGCGGAUUUUGCAAGUCUAGAGCUGGCACUCUCACGUGGUUUUGGAAUGAGUCGUGUGUUUCUUGGGAUAUGUGUUGGAAAAACAAACCGAAAACACCCUAAACCCGAAACACUGUCAAAACAUUCCAUUCCAUCUC